UUUAUGUCCACUGCCCACCUCCACCGCCUUUUCUUUCUCCUCCUCUCCGUCUUCUCCAGCUUCCUCGAGCCACUUUCUUUCAGCUAGACCUGGACUGGACUUCACUUACCACACGCGCUCCCGAAGUAACCCAGCGGCGACUUUUGCGCGGCACGAUUUCUUUACGAGAUUUGCCAUUUUGCUCCUCAAUUUCAGCGAGAAUUUAUAAAGAAGAGCUCCUUUUCUCUUUCUGUCUGAAUUAUGCAAGACUUCAAUAUGGUGAAGUCAGUUUGAAGAGCUUCUAUUUGGGGGACCAAGACUUUUAGACCUCACUUUGCGCACAAGUCUGGAAAAUAUCAAUGGUGAAUUACAAAUAGCUUGUUUCCUCCGUUUCUUGGUUUAUUAAAAGAUGUUUUCCUACGAAAUGUUCAUCUGCGUCCUGGCCAUCGCGUGUCUCCUGGAGAUCCCCAGAGGCACCACGGCGGCGGCCUGCGAGCCCAUCCGCAUCCCCAUGUGCAAAACGAUGCCGUGGAACAUGACCAAAAUGCCUAACCAUCUCCAUCACAGCACCCAGGCUAACGCCGUGCUCGCCAUCGAGCAGUUCGAGGGGCUUUUGAGCACCCAGUGCAGUCCGGACCUGCUGUUCUUCCUGUGCGCCAUGUAUGCGCCCAUAUGCACCAUCGACUUUCAGCACGACCCCAUCAAGCCGUGCAAGUCGGUGUGCGAACGGGCAAAGUGCGGCUGUGAGCCGAUCAUGAAGAAAUACAACCAUACGUGGCCGGAGAGCCUGGCAUGCGAGGAGCUGCCGGUGUAUGACAGAGGAGUCUGCAUCUCACCUGAAGCUAUAGUCAAAGCUGAGGGACCAGAUAAUCCUUAUCAAGACCCUACAAAAUGCAACCCUGAGGGAAACCCAGACUUUCCCAUGGAUUCACAUAAUGUGAACUGUAAAGGACCUAGUGAUCGUUGUAAAUGCAAGUCUGUGAAACUUACCCAAAAGACUUACGAAAGGAACAAUUACAAUUACGUCAUCCGAGCGAGGGUUAAAGAAAUAAGGACUCGAAACCACGAUCUGAGUGCCAUCGUGGAGGUCAAAGACAUUCUUAAAUCUUCUCUGGUCAACAUUCCUCGAGAGACAGUGACCCUUUAUUAUAACUCUGGGUGUCUGUGUCCUCCACUAAAUGCCAAUGAGGAAUAUAUUAUUAUGGGUUAUGAGAACGAGGAAAGGUCCAGAUUGCUGCUUAUUGAUGCAUCUAUUGCACAGAAGUGGAAGGACAAAAUGGGUCGUAAAGUGAAGCGCUGGGAGCAGACCAGAGCGAACCCAGGCAGGAGCAACACGAGACGAAGUCGCCAAUAACUGCCCUCGCGAGGAGGAGAAGAGCUUCACCAAACUGAAAAAUUGCACUAUUGUACUAUUUUUGUUUAUUUGGCCGAGACUAAAUUUUUAGUUUUCGCUUUGUUUAAUAGUUGUUAUAUUCUCCACAACAAAAUGUUGCCUUUGCACAAACAAAAUGUUUGGUUUGACAUUGCUGUGUAUACAUGCGUGGGUGUCGAGUGUCGGUCAGCCAUCGCUGAUCGCAUCGUGAUGGUAUGAGGAAAGCUCAACAUGUUUUUCUAGCGGCGUUGGGGAGCGUGGUCGAGAUGCCCGCGUGCUUUGACGUGACGCAGUGCAGACGCGCGUGCAAAGGAAACAAGCACGCUCUCAUUACAAACUGCAGCUGCGGUGAAUUUACCCCUCUGGAGGAUUAAACAUUCUUCGAAAGAAGAACAAUGAACAGCUUGAGGGGAAAAAAUCCUCUGGCUGAAAUUACAGAGACAUCCAAGAUUAGGAGCCUAACAUUAUCAUGGACGAUGAAAACAAGCUGGAAAGCUUUCCAAAGGACGUUCGUUUAAAACCAAAAUUUUCUCUGUUCUCUCAUACAUUAUAUAUGCUUCAUCUUCGUUAAAAAUCUGCUUUUUUUACUACGAAUAUCUGCAAUGGUUUCACUUUACACAUUUGUAGGCCUCAGUUUACAGUCUUUAUUAAAUCCACCUAACCGAUGGCAUGACCAUGUUACUGUAUGUGUUUGUAUGCAUUGUAAAUGACACUUUGUCUUUCCAGACAAACAAGACAACUGUAUUUCGGUUUAAGUAAAGAUGUUUACUCUUA